UUCAAAUCGAACGGAAGGGAGUAUAGCAAAACAGAAGAACAGAAAUAUUCAAUCGAGUUUUGUCCUUUAACGUUUUUAUGUGCGAUUCGGAAGUUUGUGACAAAAACGAAAAGGGAAAAAUUUUGAAAAGAAAAAUCUUUCAUUCUGAAUGAAAAUCGUGAAUGAAUUAAAAGAUUAAAUUAGCUUGCGACAUUUUAAUACAGAUAAUGAAUUUCAAUUAAUCAACUUUAUGAAUGUGUAUCCAUUCAAAGUGUAAAUAAAAAAAAUUAAUCUCAAAAUCCCACAACAUUUUCCGAUCAUAAAAAUAUAUUCAGUUACACUGUAAACCGUUGGCGUUAUAGUAAGAAAAUUUUCCAAUUAAAUUUCGGUAAUAAAUUUUCGUAUCUGGCACCGCAUGUAGGGACCAAGUGAUAGUGACAGUGUUAAAUGACAAAAGAAUUGCACAAUACCACAGCAAUGUAACAACUUUUUUUUUCUCUCUACUCUUUUCGAAAUUAAUAAGUCGAAAUUGGUAUUUUUUUCACAGUACAGUUGAAAAAUUAAUAACAAUUUUUAUUCGGUUUCGACUGUUGAGGCAAAAUUUUUAUUGAUUCAGAAAAUUUUUGUCUAUAUAAUAUAAGAGAGAGAGUGUUGGAAAUAUACAAAUAAAAAAAAACUCCAAUACGACAAAAAAGGGUGAAUGUGUGAUGGCAUUUUAAGAAGAAACGGUUACACAUUGUUGUAAGAUUUUACUAUCUCAAUAAAAGAGUCAGUGAAUUGUUCGGUGACGACGACGACGACGGCGACAACGUACAGAAUUUCCUUGCGGUUCAACAUCAAUUUACGUAAAAGCAAAUUAAAAUUAUUUCCAGUUAUAUUGAGAUAUGAUUUUUCAAACAUCUGGUAUCAUAUGUUAGCCAUGGCGCACCGCAUCAAGUCUAGGAUGGAUUACAUAGGCUUGGGUUGCUGUGCGCUUGCUUUCGUGCUGUAUCUUAACACCUUGGAUGCUGGCUUCGUUUAUGAUGAUAGACGGGCCAUUCUCGGCAAUCCGGAUGUGCUUGGUACCACACCCUGGCGAAAAUUAAUCCACCAUGAUUUCUGGGGAACGGAUCUGAGCGACACCGGUUCCCACGGAUCGUAUCGGCCAUUGUGUGUGCUCAGCUUCAAACUGAAUCAUGUUUUUGGUGGAUUUCGACCGGUCGGUUAUCAUUUGGUGAAUGUCCUGUUGCACUGUUUAGCAACAGGUUUGGUAGUUAAAGUGGCUCGUCAAUUAUUGCCACCGUUAUGGGGACCAGCUGUUGCUGGUGCAUUGUUUGCUUCACAUCCAAUACAUACGGAAGCUGUGGCUGGAAUUGUUGGCAGAGCCGAUUUGGCUGCAUGUAAUUUUUACUUGUUAACAUUUCUGGCAUAUUCAAAACAUGUUACGUGGAGAGAGAAAUGCGACCAGAGACAUUGGGUAGCUUUGGGUGGUGCUGUACUAUUAGCCGCAAUGGCUAUGUUGUUCAAAGAGACAGCCGUAACUGCCUUGUUAGUGUGUGCCAUAUACGAUGUAAUUAGAGCAUUUAGUUAUCAAGACAAGCACCGGAUACGAAGCUUAAGUAUUCUGGGAAUAGCAUUAGCAACGUUAGUUCAAUUAAGAUUGUCAAUUCCCGCACCAGCAACUGAUUUUUCCACUGCUGACAAUCCUGUUGCCAAAUCCACAUCAAUAUGGACCCGUUUUUUAACUUUCACCUAUUUACCGGUGUUUAAUUUUAAAUUGCUCCUGUAUCCGUCAACGCUUAGCUUUGAUUGGGGAAUGGAUGCGUUACCAAGACUGACCACAAUCUUUGAUGCGCGCAACAUUAUCUCGUUAAUUUUCUAUGCAUCGCUAACGAAAAUUGUGCACACCAACGUGAGCAAACUAAAAGCCCGACUUCCGCAGCUACUAUUGCACACAAUACAACGAAGAACAGCUCGCGCAAUCAAAAAACGAAUUCAAAGUCAAUUGAACGAUUGUGUUUGCGUCAUAUGCAAGCAGGGACUAAGCCUGAGGCACUCAAGCUCCUGUCGAGCCAUCAACAACAACAAUAUACCGGCACCAUCCGUUCAAUGCGGCUGUCCACCUGUACGACAUCCAUCACCAUCUCCAACGCCUUCAACCAAAUCAAAUGUAUCUACUGCGGGCAGCAUGGCGACCAACGACUCAAUCACACCGCCAACAUCAGCAGCUAUUUUAUUGUCAAUAGCCCUAUUGACGUUGCCCUUUCUACCUGCAGCAAAUUUAUUCUUUUAUGUUGGAUUUGUGGUUGCCGAACGAAUACUUUAUUUACCCAGUGUUGGAUACUGUUUAUUGGUCGGUUUAGGUGUGGGAAAAUUGAUGGACCCUCGACGGGGGCCAUUAAGAAGCCAAAGAAAACGAUAUGCAGUAAUGGCGUGUGUUAGUGUUAUGUUGAUAGCGUGUAGUGUGAAAACAAUCUAUCGAAACUACGACUGGAGGGAUGAAGAGAGUUUAUACCGCAGUGCAAUUGGAGUUAAUCCACCGAAAGCUUUAGGAAAUUUGGGAAGUGUCCUUAGUUCACAGGGACGAUAUAUCGAGGCCAAAGAAGCCCUUCAACUGGCAUUGAAGUAUCGACCAAACAUGGCUGAUGUGCAUUAUAAUUUGGGUAUUUUAUUCCAAAAUCAUCAUGACUAUAAGGGAGCCGUUGAGUGUUUCCAGAAAGCAAUCCAUUUUCGGCCAUCAUUAGCGUUGGCAUAUUUGAAUUUGGGUACAUCGCUUAUAUCGUUGGGUCGUUGCCAGGAAGCGGCUUCGGUGUUACGUGAAGGCUCCAAAUUGGAUGGAACUGGAUUAAGAGAUCGAACUGCCCACAACAAUGCACGUGUGUCUACUUUAUUGCAAUUAGGCGGUUUAUAUGCAGAACAGGGAAAGCUGCAACGUGCAUUAGCUGUAUAUCGUGAAGCAUUACAUAACAUACCGGAGAGUUUCCCUCCACAGGCUAUUUAUCAUCGACUGGGCGACACAUUAGCAAAACUGAAUCAAUGGACUGAAGCGGAACGAUUCCAUCAGGCUGCAUUAGAGGUUCAACCGGAUCAUGUGGCUACUCAUGUGUCGUACGGCACUAUGUUAGCUCGUAAUAGUAGUAGAACGUCGGAAGCGGAACAAUGGUUCAAACGAGCCCUAAAGUUGGCUCCCUUGGAUUCUAGCGUUCGACAUCAUUAUGCCGAAUUCCUGUCAACAGCAUCGCGACAUUCCGAGGCGUGUGAACAGCGAAUUCGUGCUGCUGAAUUAUCUCCGACCGAUUAUUCAUUGGUAGUCUCAGCGGCCACAGCACUGCGAUUAUUGGAGAAAAAACAAGAAGCGGAAAGGUGGUAUCGCUUGGCCGUUAAACUUCGACCGGAUGACGCCCGAAGUCAUACAAAUCUUGGAGCCAUUUUGCAUCUGCUCGGACGGAGUGCUGAAGCAGCUGCCAGCUACCGAUAUGCACUCAAAAUACAACCCGGCGAUCCGACAACGUUAGCCAAUUUGGCUAAAUUGGGCGUCGUUGAAGUGGCAUGAAAUUAUAAAUCUUCCAACUGUAAAAAUGUUUUCUAAGUAAAAAAGAAUUUAUGGUUUUCCUGUUGCAUAAAAUGUGGAAAUAAAAACAAACAAAAAACAAAUGAACAAUAAAAGGAAUGGAAAUUGUAAAUACGAAGAGAGAGGAAAAAGGUAAACGACAGACGUUUAUGUUUGUGUAUUUUUGUAUCUAAAACUGAAGAGUGUGUACAUACGGUUUUGCAUCAUCGGUUCAUUUAAACAUUUUUUUUUGUCUUUUCUUAUUUUCUUUUCAUUUAGAUUACAUUUUUAGUAUUCAAAUAAAAAUCUGGUAAAUUCUGUAAUUCCGUUACACAAAACGGUACUGCUGUGCUUUUAUUUCACUUUGCAUAUUUACUCCAGUACCAAACUUCGAACAUUGCACAUUUGCCAAUUGUCGUAUAUCGAAUGGGCCCAUUCAAAUUUCAUGCAAAAGUGAUUACUAAUUUGAAUGGAAAUUUUUUUGGCAGCACUGUCAGGACAUUUACAAUCCGGAAGUAUAUGUCCUUAAAAUUUUUACGACAUUCACGAAAUCGUGUUCAAAUUUGUAAACGACGAGUCAGCUUCAUGGCGAUACUUCAAACAUCUGAUGAUAGAUGGACGUUAAAGAUGUUAAUUAGGUCAAUCACAGAAUUCUUUAAGCUGAAGUACGAAAUAUCACUUAAAAUAGUCAUUUACACAACAAGACUCAAAAAAUGGUUAUGGAAAAUUCAAGGUGUGCUUGUGAGCCAAGAGAGUAUUGGAACAUGACGAAGCGUGUUUGUAAAAGAAUUGUAAUGCACAGUCUUAUUACUGGCUAUGUAGAAAGCGACGUUUAGUGUCAAAAUUGACAGAAUUCCUUUGUUCUAAUGUCAAUUUUGACACUAUACGUCGCUCUCUAAGUGGUCAGUUACUUAACCAUGCAUUCGAGUUUUUCGAUAUCGACAAAUCAUCGGCGUUAAAAAAAUUUUUACUCCUAAAUUAAGUGAAAAUUCCGCUGUCUUGUGCUGUAAACUUCACUUAUUAGCACUAAUCGUGUAUUUUGAGUGCAAAAGGAUUUUCUAAUAGGAAAUCCUCAAAGGAUUUUCACACGAUUUUGUAGGAGUUUCAUGGAUUUUCAAGGA